AUGGCUACAAGAAAGCAACUUAUGGCCUUGGGUGAUGAUGAUGAUGUGGUUGUUGAUGACACUCCACCAAACUCUCCAGGUGAUAAUCCUCCUCCACCUCCACCUCCAUCAACAAAUCUUCCACCACCACCUCCUCCACCAUCUCAUCCUCCCCGAAGAACUCCUUCACCCCCUCCUAACUCUCUUCCCCAAUAUGAUGCUGCCAACAGAGGGAGAAUAAUCAAGGGGAUCCUCAGCCAAUACACUAGUGACCAAUCAAAAACAGAUGACUAUGAAGGGUUUCUUGAUGUUGGUUUCAUGCAACAAGCAAUUGUUCCUGAUGUUCCCUUAAAUGUUGUCUAUCCUGGUGCUUGUGUGGAAGGGGAAGCUUCUCAAAAAACUAAAGAAGAGGUCCUCAAUGAAUCAAUAGUGGCAUUGAUUUUGAUGAUGAUGUCCAACUCAUUCCUCGAAAGUGGAAGACUUCCUUCUCAGGGGGAGCUCUUAACAUUGAAUCUGGAAGUUACUUUGCGAUUAGUGAUACUUUAG